GUAGUCAGCGUGUUGUUUGUGACUUUUUGUGUUUAUCAACAAAACAUGCACACAAAAUCAAGCUCACCUUACAUACAUCACAUAACUUCUUCCUUUCUUUCGCAUUAUUACUAAUUAAUUUCACUGAUUUACAAAUUCCAGAUUUCACAUCUCUGAAGCUCUGACAUUCAUUCAUACCCUGAAUAUCACCGCUCCCUGAAAACGCCUUUUGUUGUGUUCCUCUAUCCUACAGGCUUGUGAUUUGGGGUUGUGGAUUGAUCUCUCUCUUUCUCUGCUUUAGUCAGGAUUUGAACAAGAAAGAUUUUGACAAUGGCAGCCAAUGCUUCUAAUGGAGCAGCAAAGCAACCUCCUCAGCCAUCUCCCUUGCGCUUCUCCAAGUUCUUUCAGUCCAAUAUGAGAAUUUUGGUUACUGGAGGAGCUGGAUUUAUUGGCUCUCACCUAGUUGACAGAUUGAUGGAAAAUGAGAAGAAUGAGGUCAUAGUCGUUGAUAACUUCUUCACUGGAUCUAAAGACAACCUUAGAAAGUGGAUUGGUCAUCCUAGAUUUGAGUUAAUUCGUCACGAUGUCACGGAGCAAUUACUGGUGGAGGUUGAUCAAAUUUACCACCUUGCUUGCCCUGCUUCUCCGAUUUUCUACAAAUACAAUCCUGUAAAGACCAUAAAGACAAAUGUGAUUGGAACACUGAACAUGCUCGGGCUUGCUAAGCGAGUGGGAGCAAGGAUUUUACUUACAUCUACUUCAGAGGUAUAUGGAGAUCCCCUUGUGCAUCCACAACCAGAAACCUAUUGGGGAAAUGUUAACCCUAUUGGAGUUCGAAGUUGUUAUGAUGAGGGCAAGCGAGUUGCAGAAACUUUGAUGUUUGAUUAUCAUAGGCAACAUGGAAUUGAAAUCCGAAUUGCAAGAAUCUUUAAUACAUAUGGACCUCGAAUGAACAUUGAUGACGGCCGUGUUGUCAGCAAUUUCAUUGCUCAAGCACUCCGUGGUGAACCCCUAACAGUCCAACUUCCAGGAACUCAAACUCGCAGCUUCUGCUAUGUCUCUGACAUGGUUGAUGGCCUUAUCCGUCUAAUGGAAGGCGAAAACACAGGUCCAAUCAACAUCGGGAACCCAGGCGAGUUUACUAUGACUGAACUUGCUGAGACUGUGAAAGAGCUUAUUAAUCCAGAUGUGGAAAUCAAGAUGGUUGAGAACACACCAGAUGAUCCAAGACAGAGAAAACCAGACAUAACAAAAGCAAAGGAAUUGCUUGGUUGGGAACCAAAGGUCAAGUUGAGGGAUGGCCUUCCUCUUAUGGAAGAGGAUUUCCGUUUGAGGCUUGGUGUUCCCAAAAAGAACUAAGAUUGUUCUUCCUUUUUGUUGUUACACCUUUAUCACUUCAUGUCAUUAUGGAUUUUUAUUUUUCGAAUCAUGACUUUGUGUCAAUGUUAGAUAUUUCAUAAUAAUGGAUAUUUUGGCUUGGAAGUGGAUAAUAUUAGAAAGGGCAAUAUGGAAUUAUGGAUCUUGCCAUGUUGAAUUA